UAAAAGUGCGCUUAGAAGAAAUAAAGUAUGCAAUUGAAAAUGGGGCUAAAGAAAUUGAUAUUGUCAUUGAUAGGGCUUUAGUUUUACGAGAAGAAUGGGAUAAACUUUAUGAUGAAAUUCAACAAAUGAAAACUGCUUGUGGACCAAAUGUUCACAUGAAAACAAUUUUAGCUACAGGAGAAUUAAGCAAUUUAAAUAAUAUUUAUAAGGCUUCUUUGGUUGCCAUGAUGGCUGGUUCUGAUUUUAUUAAAACUUCAACAGGAAAAGAAAGUGUAAAUGCUACAAUUCCUUUUGGAAUUGUGAUGUGUAGAGCUAUUAGUGACUAUCAUGAAAGAACCGGUUAUAAAGUGGGUCUUAAGCCAGCAGGGGGUUUAAAAACUUGCCAAGAUGCUGUAAACUGGUUAAUUAUGGUAAAGGAAUUGUUAGGGGAUGAAUGGUUGUCUCCAAAGCUAUUUCGUUUCGGAGCCUCUGGACUUUUAGGCAAUAUAGAACAAACUUUAUAUAAAUACGCUACUGGCAAUAUGUCAGUGUCAUAUGAAUUUGCCUUAUAAAUAUUGCAUUUAAGCUUAUAUUUAUUUAAAAUGAUUUGAUAAAUAAAAAGAGGCUAGUGCUUAUUGUUGCAAAUAAAAUAAUUUUUUAA